UAUACAUCACACAUAUUGCCAUAGACACAUAGAAAUUGUUUAAAUUUUUGCCAAAAUUGUUGAAAUUGUACGAAAUCCGAUGGUGGAACAACAAAAGCAACGCCUCGAAGGCGCCAUCAGCGAUAUGAUUGAGGACAUGUAUCGCUCCCAUUUGCGUCGCAUGCAGUCCACAAUGCAUCGCUGUGCCGCCAGCUGUUGUGAUGAUGAGCGCGGCACUUUGGAUACCGUACAACGUUGCAUUGAGAAGUGUGCCACACCAUUGAUGGACGCCCAAGAUUAUCUGCAGAACGAGCUGGGACAGUUUCAGAAUCGCUUGCAAACCUGUGUCAAGGAAUGCAACAGCGAUGCACGCUCCCAAUUGAGCAAAAAUCCCAGCGAGCAUGAAAUGUCGCGAUCGAAGCAUCUGUUUGAGGUCUGCACCGGUGGCUGUGUGGAUAAGCAUAUCGAUCUGUUGCCGGGCCUGCUGAAGAACAUACAGAAGACUCUCGACAGGGGUUUACCCAGAAGAUCGCUAUUGCGCGAUUAGCAGAGAACACGACUUCUAUAUUCUGGCACAACUGAUAACAACUUGGGGUUCAAGGCGGCAUCGAUAAGCUUGUUUUUUGGGACACUUUCGUUCGUUGGUUUUUUGUUUUGUCCAAUUUUGGUUUUUUUCUGGAUUUUUUCUUUUUCUUUCUUUUGUUAUUAGUAGAGCUAAACUUACAUGUAUAUAUAUAUAUGUGUGUGUAUCAAGAAAUAUAUUAAACUUAUAAUAG